AUGGCUUCAGAACAGCCCCACUCCCACUCCCACGACGGUCCCUCCCACUCUCACGGCGACAGCGCCGACCACGGCCACAGCCACGAGAUCCUCGACGGGCCGGGCUCGUAUCUCGGGCGCGAGAUGCCCAUCAUAGAAGGCCGCGACUGGAGAGAGCGCGCCUUUACCGUCGGCAUUGGUGGUCCCGUCGGGUCCGGCAAAACGGCGCUAAUGCUGGCGCUCUGCCUGGCGCUGCGCGACUCUUACGCCAUCGCGGCGGUGACGAACGACAUCUUCACGCGCGAAGACGCCGAGUUCCUGACGCGGCACUCCGCGCUGCCGAGCCAACGCAUCCGCGCCAUCGAGACGGGCGGCUGCCCGCACGCCGCCGUGCGCGAGGACAUCAGCGCCAACCUGGCCGCGCUAGAAGAUCUGCACCGCCAGUUCGCCACCGAGAUAUUGCUCAUCGAGUCCGGCGGCGACAACCUGGCGGCGAACUACAGCCGCGAGCUGGCCGACUUCAUCAUCUAUGUGAUCGAUGUUGCGGGCGGGGAUAAGAUCCCGCGCAAGGGCGGGCCGGGCAUCACGCAGAGUGAUCUGCUCGUCGUCAAUAAGACGGACCUUGCUGAGAUUGUCGGCGCCGAUUUGGCCGUCAUGGAGAGGGAUGCCAGGAAGAUGAGGGACGGGGGCCCGACCAUCUUCGCGCAGGUCAAGAAUGGGGUGGGCGUGGAGCAUAUUGUGGGGUUGAUACUGAGCGCGUGGAGGGGGAGCGGGGCGGCGGAGGUGAGUAGGGGGAAGGCGUAG